CAGUUAAAAUUCGGUUGGAUCGGUACCAAAUAUAUCUAAUCCAUUGCCAUUCCUGAAUGCUGAGUAAUUGACCCAGUAAAAAAGAUCAAAUUUCUACUGCAGUUCUAGGAGUGAUCACACGGAUGGACUCAGUGGAAUCAUCGGAUCAACGUCGAGCGACGGUCAGCCAACGGGAGCAAUGGAUGGUUCAGGAUCAAGUUUUCCAGAUCUACGAUAUUUUCGCUAAUAUUCCUCACAAGACUCGAACCCUAAUGUUAGAGCUUCAACGUGACAAUCACAUAGAGUAUCUAACCAGAGGACUCAAGCAACUCAGUUCCUCCUUUGUGGUAUUGGAUGCUAAUCGACCUUGGCUUUGCUACUGGAUUUUGCAUUCAAUUGCUUUAUUGGGGGAGUCUAUUGAUUACGAACUAGAAAAUAAUGUGAUUGACUUUCUUAAGCAUUGUCAGGACCCAAAUGGUGGAUAUGGUGGUGGUCCUGGACAGAUGCCUCACCUUGCAACAACUUAUGCCGCAGUUAAUUCACUUAUUACCUUGGGUGGACGUAGAGCCUUGUCGUCUAUCAAUAGAGGUAAAUUAUAUGCUUUUUUAAGGGGAAUGAAAGACCCAAGUGGGGCAUUCAGGAUGCACGAUGCUGGGGAAAUUGAUGUGCGGGCUUGCUACACAGCCAUCUCAGUGGCAAGUAUUCUCAACAUUUUGGAUGACGAGCUUAUUAAGGGUGUUGGUAAUUACAUCUUGAGCUGUCAGACUUAUGAAGGUGGUAUUGCAGGAGAACCUGGCUCUGAAGCUCAUGCCUCUCAGAGGUCUAUGGAUUUGAUCAUCAGGUACACAUUUUGUGGAUUGGCAGCAAUGAUUUUGAUCAAUGAGGCCAAUCGUUUGGACUUGGCUGGUUUACUUGACUGGGUGGUUUUUCGACAAGGAGUGGAGUGUGGAUUUCAGGGGAGAACAAACAAGUUGGUUGAUGGUUGCUACUCCUUCUGGCAGGGAGGUGUAUUUGCAUUAUUAAAAGGAUUACAUUCAGUUGAUGGUGAACAUGUGGCUCUUUCGGAUGCUGAAGAAGGAGAUAGUGCUACAGAUGGCACUUCUGAAGGAGAAGAUGGAAAUUCCUUGGAGACUGAUGAGACUUGCCAUAUUAAACAGGGAGUAGGAGAUGGAGAAAUGGCGCCCCUUUUUCACAGCGUGGCCUUGCAGCAGUACAUAAUUUUGUGCUCACAGGAACAGGAGGGCGGAUUCAGAGAUAAACCUGGGAAGGCCAGGGACUAUUAUCACACGUGCUAUUGUUUAAGCGGCCUCUCAGUGUGUCAAUAUAGCCAGUCGAAGGAUGAGCAUUCUCCACCGCUGCCAAGGGCGGUGUUGGGUCCCUACUCCAAUCUUUUGGAACCUGUCCAUCCUCUAUACAAUGUGGUGCUAAAGCAGUACCAAGAGGCCCAUGAAUUCUUUUCCUCCCAAAGCACAUCUUAGCAAGUUAAUCUAGAGUUGAGGUAUUGAUGCAAAUUGAUUGUAGCACUCUGAAAGUUUGACCCAUUGCGUAAGUUGUAGGAAAAGCCUAGCUUUGUGUACCAUAAGUAUGGCAUUUUCUAGGUUGCAGCAGGAGGUGCAUUCUAUAAUUCCACUUCUGAUCGAUAAUUAAUAUUUCCAUUCA